AGUAUCUUUUCUUUGCAUUUCCCGCAAACACUCCCUACUUUAGCUUUGAUGUCCGAAUUCUCCUAUCCAUAUAUGCCUUUAAUUCACUGGAUUCAGUUAUUAUUAUAUUAUAUAGUAGUAUAAAUCUAACAUUCAUGUAGUAAAACAAUUUUGUUUUUUCCUUUUAAUAUUAAGAACAGUUGCGUAAAUAAUUUAACUCCUAAUUUAUUGACACAGAUCCCAAUCUGGCAUCAUCAUCAUCAUCAUCAUCGUGUUCUUUCUCUAAUUUAUUGUUUGUUUGUUUGUUGAUUCGUCUAGAACUCUGUGAGAGUAGUGUAUGUGUGUUUACUAGUAGUAAUUGAUUGUUUCGAAAAGAAGCAGGGAUGUUGUCCGGUGGAGGAUGGAGAUGGAAGAAGCUAAUAAGAAAGAUGACAGUGACGACGACGACGACGUCAUCAACGUCUUGGGCCCGGUCGAAUCAGCGGCCGUCGCCGUUACCAUCGUCAUCAUCGAAUCGGUUGGGUAAUAAUUGCAUGGUGCAGCCCCUGCACGUUGCUUCAUAUCGAAUUAGAGAGUCCCUGAUCGGAGCUCAGCAGAGGUAUAAGUGGGACCACGGCGGCAGCGGCAGCGGCGGCGGCAGGGCCACCUCUACCCGCAGGAUUAAGGCCGAAGCCAACUGCCCCCGAUGCUCCAAGCAUAUGGAUCUCCUCUUCUCCAAUCGCCCCCUUCCUCUCUCCUCCUCCAAUCUUUCACUUCCAGGUGACCAUGAUAUUUCUGAAUCUAACAUUAAUGGUAUCACCCAUAAUAAUAAUACCAAUACCAAUAAUAAAGGAGGAGGAGGAACCUCCUCCUAUCAAGCCGUGAAUCUUUGCCCAAGUUGCAAGACCUUUUACUACUUCCGUCCGGACAAGAUUGCCCCACUUCAGGGCAGCUUCAUUGAGAUUGGGAGGGUUAAAGGGAGAGAUCCCCACUCCUCCUCUGACAAGAAACAGCCCCUUCCCCACACCGGUGGUUCGAACGAAGCUGGAGAAGAAGAAGAAUUCGGCAACAGACUCAGGGUGUCCUUUUGGGAGACUCUGAGGUCCUACACCGCCGGUGAACCCCCAGAGAAUUGGCCGCCUCCUUCUCCACCAGCAUCUGGAAAUGGCCUGGCAGUGCAUACACCUCCUGGUCCGCCUUUUGCGCCUGGAAUUAAUGUCAUUCGUGCAGCAGGUCCUGGUGGUGGAGGUGGAAGCCACAGUGGCGAUGGUAGUGGUUCAACGGGGGAUAAAAAUGGUGGAUGGGGUGGGUCAAAUUUGGGAAAGGAUAUGCCCACACCAAAGGAGAUCUGCAAGGGACUCGAAAAAUUCGUCAUUGGGCAGGAACGCGCCAAAAAGGUGCUUUCAGUGGCUGUUUAUAACCACUACAAAAGGAUAUAUUAUACUUCCUUGCAGAAAGGAUCAGGAGCAGAAUCAGGAACACCAUUGGUAGAAGAUGAUGACAAUAGCAUUGAGUUGGAAAAGAGCAAUGUAUUGUUGAUGGGCCCAACUGGUUCAGGAAAGACAUUACUUGCAAAAACACUUGCUCGGUUUGUGAAUGUGCCCUUUGUUAUUGCUGAUGCAACAACAUUAACCCAGGCUGGUUAUGUUGGAGACGAUGUUGAGUCAAUCCUAUAUAAACUGCUUACGGUUGCUGAGUUUAAUGUACAAGCAGCUCAACAAGGAAUGGUUUACAUAGAUGAAGUUGAUAAGAUUACCAAAAAGGCUGAAAGCUUAAACAUAAGCAGAGAUGUUUCUGGAGAAGGCGUCCAACAAGCAUUACUGAAAAUGCUGGAAGGAACUAUAGUGAAUGUACCUGAAAAGGGGGCAAGGAAGCAUCCAAGGGGUGAUAGCAUUCAGAUAGAUACAAAAGACAUCCUUUUUAUCUGUGGUGGGGCAUUUAUUGACUUGGAAAAAACUAUUUCAGAGAGACGGCAGGACUCUUCAAUAGGGUUUGGAGCACCUGUUCGUGCUAACAUGAGAACUGGUGGAUUAACUGAUGCUGUACUAAUAUCAUCGUUACUGGAAUCUGUUGAAAGUAGUGAUCUUAUUGCGUAUGGUCUCAUACCUGAGUUCAUUGGACGUUUUCCCAUUUUGGUUAGUUUGUCAGCUUUAACUGAGGACCAGCUUGUUCAGGUCCUCACAGAACCAAAAAAUGCUCUUGGUAAGCAGUACAAGAAGUUGUUCAGCAUGAACAAUGUGAAGCUACAUUUUACAGAGAGGGCGCUGAGAAGUAUUGCAAAGAAAGCAAUAGUUAAGAAUACUGGUGCAAGGGGUUUAAGAGCAAUACUGGAAAGCAUUCUAUCUGAAGCCAUGUAUGAGAUUCCAGAUAACGGGACUGGAAAUGAUAGAGUAGAUGCUGUUGUUGUGGAUGAGGAGUCAGUGGGCUCAGUAGAUUCCCCAGGAUGUGGGGGCAAAAUUCUUUAUGGAGAUGGGGCCUUGGAGCAUUACCUUACCGGGGCUAGGUUGAAAGAAAAUGUGCAAAAUGGCGAGACGGACGGGGAGUUGCAGGAGGGUGAUUCGUACGCCUCAUCUAGAGCGAUGAGCUUGUAACGUUUCUACAGCAACUCAUUGUUGACAUCCGUAAAAAUAUUGCAUCUUGUUGUAUUGUAGAAGAUCACAUUCAUCAGCUGGUGUAAUUAUCCCCUUUUCUAACAGCAUAGCAUUUGAUUCUAUUCAAUUCACAUUAGGAAAGUAAAGUAAAUGAGAGCAGAAAAAUAGGUUUUACUCAACAAGUUUGUGCAAAUACCUUGGGUGGGUUACACUGACCAAUUCCUUCCUUUUGAUUUUAUAUGUAACUCCGUCCUUUAUUAAUUGAGGGUAAUAUCACCAUUUCAUGUUGCCUUAA